AUAUAAUAGUUUUAAGGAUAGACGUUUACACUAAAAUUAUUCGACUCUCAAUGUCCGCACAUCAGACCUUAGCUAUAAUUCGGGUAACAAGUCUCUUAAUCUCUUAACUCUCACAUCUUUCACUUCGACCUCCACACACAUCCCGUUUUCCUCGUCUGUAACGCAAAGAUGGCACCUUCACUGAAGAGUGCGAGUACCGUUAUACUCCUGGCAAUCCCCUCCAUUGUCACCGCUACUGGUCCAACCUGCACCCUCAAGGAUCUCGCUCCUGCAGGUUCGACAUGCGGUACUUAUGGCGUUAUCACCAAGUUUGAAUACUUCAUUGAAGAUCUCUACGACGCUCAGUACACCUCCGUCCUCUCCUGUGCUUCCGAGUGUGCGAAACGGAGCAACUGCAAGUCCUUCAACAUUCGUACAGAGCAGGACGCCUUUUGUGAGUUGCAAUCGGCAACGCAAAAGCAGGCGGGCUUCGUUCCAGACAAUGUGGCCAAUCGAUCGGCCAGCAGCUAUCAAGGUUUCGAUCUUUUUUGCUUUGAUUCUGUGAACGAUCCUUCGCAAGGACAGUCUUCCGAUUUUUCGUCUUCAAGCACUGAUACUUCAACCGGAUCUCAAAUAUCAAGCCAAGGAACGACUUCGUCGAGCUCCAGUACUCAGGGCACGACAUCUACCACAUUUUCCUCGAAUGGUAUUGCUCAAAGAACAACAUCUUCCACCACCCUCACCAGCUCAUCGAGCUCUUCAGCUUCUCCAACAACUACACCAUACGUCUGUAAUGAGGAUAAUUGCUACCGAGCUCUCCUUCGUUUCGGCGAUCAAGCAAAGGGGUUUUGCUCCGGAUACACCACAGUCACAAACGCUGAGACAGCCAGUGUCCCUGCCUACUUGGACAACUGCUCCAGCAAACCAGCUAUGAUCAGCUCGGGGUGUUCGUGUCUUGCGACUUGGAUCUCUCCUGAUCCGGAGCCUACUCUGCCCAACUCCGCUGAAAGUCUGACUUCUGCGACUGGAUAUCAAUCGUCUGUCAUCUCCUCACCAACUUCUGCAAUGUCAGACUCUGCUUCAAGCUCUGUAUCCUCACCCUCGGCCACGACAACAACAGGCUCUUUCUCUAGCAUCGCUGGCAACUCUACAACCGGAAUAUCUCAGUCCACCAUCGCAUCGGUUUCGUCUACAAUAACCGCUUCGCCUAGCCACACUCAGGACAACAGAAAUGCUAAUUCCACAUCCGCGUUCUCAUCGGCCUCGACUCAAGAUGCCAAUACCACUGUACCGUUGAGCUCCAUUUGGGUCUCGACGACUCCCGACGUUUCCCCCGUAACUCCCACGACACCAUCAUCUGAUCCAUCGACAAGCACUUUGAUCCGCGAACUUGCAGUCCCUACGACAACAACCAAGUCGGUGACCGAAUUCAUGAUCUCAACCGUCUACGCCACAUCUGUUCACACUUUCAAAGAAUGUCCUCCAACGGAGAAAACCUGCCACGUCGGUCUCGUUACCACAACCUUGGUUUCUGUCACAACAACUCUCGCUCCGAUCAUCAAAGUUGUCGUACCCACACCAACAAUCGACUUCAUCCCACCUGGAUACGCUGUAGAGCCUAUCUACAAGGUCCACGUGGAUAUCGUUAACAUCCCAUGCCCACCAGCUGUCUACGACUGCCCUGUCGAACAGAUCAUUACCAGAACCAUCGAGGCUGGUUCGGCGGUUUGCCCUUGCCCAACUAGCGACGCUCAAGUCUACUACGAGGAGCAUCGGGAAAUAGUUUGCUACCAAGCUCAAGUUCCAGGUCCAGCUCCAGAAGUCAAUGCCGCUGCUCUGCCUAUGUACGAGGCCAGUCAAGAACUUGGAGCCGUUCCAAUGCCAGUCGAAGCGCGUCCAGCACCGCCGGCCAUGACUCCCCCGUCCAUGGUAACCAUCACCUCAAUUGACAAGACGAGCACCAAGACGAUGACUUAUCCAAUUGAUCAGCUCCCUCCUCCUCCUUGCGGUCUGAGUCUCGAUGCAUUCGACCACAAGGAAGAGGCGUACUGGGCAUACUGUCCUGAUUACAGCUCAACGACAGCACCAAUGCCCCAGCCUGGCAAUCCUACACCGGUGAACAUGGACAAACUCACAAUGGUAACGAUUACGUCCAAGGACAAAACGAGCACCAAGACAAUGACCUACCACAUCGACAAUCUGCCACCUCCACCUUGCGGUCUCAGACUUGACGCUUUCGACUACAAAGAGGAAGCGUAUUGGGCCGAAUGUCCAGACUACACUUCCACCACAACGCCUAUGCCCAAGCCCACCGCGGUCAACAAAUCCCCAUCCUUCGUCACGGUCACAUCCUCUGACAAGUCCUCCACUAAAACAAUGACCUACCCCAUCGACAACCUCCCCCCACCCCCCUGCGGCCUCAGCCUCGACGCCUUCGACCACAAAGAAGAAGCAUACUGGGCCCACUGCCCCGACUACACUUCCCCAACUCCAUCCCCCGAAACUCCCACCUCCACCAUCUCCCUCAUAACCCUAACCCUCACCGACGCAAGCACAACCCGCACCAUAACCACAACCCCCAACCCCGCAUUCGAUUACCACGAAGAAGCCUUCUGGACCCAUCCCUCCAGCCCACGCGGCUCUCCAUGGUCCCUUCCUCCACCAGGUACCGACACUCCCUCAGUAGUGAAGAUGGCGACGACGGGGCCGGCAUGGUGGACUUUACCGCCUGUUGCGACGGCCGGGUUGGGAAGUGAGAAGAAGCCGAUGGUUAGUGGUAGCCCGCUGCCAUUACCGCCGAGUGUCGAAAAGGUGUCGAUGAAGGAGGGGAAGAACAAGAAGAAGAAGUCGGCUGGUAAUGGGUUGGGUGCUGCUGGGAACUUGAGUCUCAUGUUGGCGGCUGUUGCGAGUGUGGUUGUUUAUCUCUUGUGAUGAGAGAUACUAGAUUGAUAAACCUCGCUUACUGUCCCAUUUCCU